UUGAGCAGUGAAAUGGGACUUCUCCUGAAGCUUCUCUGCGUCUUGUGCCUGGUUGGACUUGUUCUUAGCCAGGACAUGCCUUAUGAGGAAUAUAUGGCCCAGAUUCAAGCCUGUCCUAAAGAGUGUCGCUGCCCCCCCAACUUCCCCCGUGCUGUCUACUGUGACAAUAAAGGCCUGCAAAAAAUCCCAAAAAUCCCUCCUCACACAUGGUACCUAUAUCUGCAGAACAAUCUGAUUGAGGCACUGUCAGCAGAUUCCCUGCAGAAUGCCACCCAGCUGCGAUGGCUCAACCUCAACCGCAACAAAAUCACCAGCGAAGGAGUGGAGGAAGGCCUCCUCAGCACAAUGACUCAUCUGGUGCACCUGUACAUGGAUGACAAUCUCUUGUCUUCAGUGCCAUCUCCUCUGCCAGCCAGCCUGGAGCAUCUACGUCUCUCUCGCAAUCGAAUCUCAAAGAUCCCUGCCGGUGUCUUCAUUGGUCUGGACAAGCUGAACCUCCUGGACCUCCAGGGGAACAAGCUGAUGGAUGAUGCUGUGACUGAAGUGAGCCUGAAGGGACUCAACAACCUGGUGCAGAUCAAUCUAGCCAAGAACCAGCUGAACAGCAUGCCUCUGGGCCUGCCGCCCACCACCACCCAGCUUUUCCUUGAUGGCAACAACAUUGACAAGAUCCCAGCUGGCUACUUCAAAGGCUUGCCCAGAGUGGCAUUUCUGAGGCUCAACCACAACAAGCUUGGUAGCGGUGGGGUCCCCAAGAAUGUGUUUAAUGUCUCAAAUUUGGACUUGCAGUUGUCCCACAACCAGCUGGACGAGGUGCCCCUCAUUCCCUCAGGCCUUGAACACCUUCACCUUGACCACAACAAGAUCAAAAGUGUGAGUGGCUCCAAUGUGUGUCCUGUCUCUGUUGAUGAUGCCGACGAGUCAGUCAACGAAAGUGCUCCCCGGUUGCGUUACCUCCGACUGGAUGGCAAUGAGAUCAAACCGCCAAUUCGAGAUGUCAUCCUGUGCUUCCGUCUCCUUAGGUCUAUUGUAAUCUGAACAGAAAAAUUAACAGCAUAUUGUAGACUAAUUCUAAUUUCCCACAACUUGACUCAGAUGUUGAUCUGUUAAAUGAGACCUGUGAAGACAUCCAUGUUUGCAUGUUCAUGAAAUAUCUGACUGUAGUUGGCAUCAACUUAUUUUAUUGUUGUGUCUUGGAAAAUAUCAUUGUGUUUGUUGGUGGCAUUUGAGUGAGAUCCAAAAGAAAAUACAAGUUGUGGGAACUGAUGGGUUAGAAGCUUUAAUUGCUGCAAUCUGUUGACUGCUAGUUGUGCCUUAUGUGGGUGUAAACAUCUGCAUGUAGAAUUUUGAACCAAAAUGUAUUACAAUUUAGCAUGACAGUAUACAAAUAGAAGGAAAAUAUGUAUUACGGCCUGUGGAGAGCUUUUGAGGACUCACUGUCAUUAUGCUACUUUGAGCAGGAGGCAAAGUUUCUGAAUGUGUAGGCAAAAUAUCAAUUGAAUUUUUUUUCUUUGACUAUUUUCUAUUUGACUUUAUAUUUGAAGGCUUGACGCCAAAUGAAUGAUCUUGUGUUCUAGGUUUGUGGUCUUAAUUACUUACUUCAGAAAACUAUUCUGUUCCACAAAUAUGCAUAUUUACUGUAGGUAAUUUAUUUUUAUUUAAUAUUAGGGAAAAUCUGUGGAAUCCUGUGAAUAUUCACAGCCAACAUUUCGUAAUGUUUUGUAUAAAAACAAAAGAAAGAACUGUUAAAAAAUGCCAACACACUUUGUAAUUCUGGUUAAUAUUUUUCUGACUGAACUGAGCAAGAGAUUUCAUUUUAAUGGUCUUCAAUUUGAAUAAAACUUCUCUGAAUGAACAUA